UCUGUUGGCAGAAGGCGGGUGGGAGAGGAAAAAGAGAGGGCGCGCGUCCCGCGUCCCACAGUAGCCUCUCUGCGUGCAGACGCAGCGUGACGUCCUGUACCUCGCGUGGCUUUUUGAUGUCCUUUGGCGUUUACUAUUGAGUUUUCCUUUCCUUGGUAACUCUGCGGGGGUUUAUGCCGCGUGCUGUACGCUGCCUUUAGUUUUCGUCUGGUCCAUUCAGUGGUCCAGUUGAGUUAGACCACCGCAGGGCAGGUGCUUGUGUGGCUGAGGCAGUGGCUUGGCCCAGAAGCGGUAGCCCUAUCCUGGCUACUCGGAAGCAAGCCCCACUGAGUUCAAUGGGAUUUCCAUUCAUGAACAAAUUGAUCGGGAUUUAAAACAUUGUUGAAGCAAGAACAAAAUGGCAUACAGAAGAGAUGAAAUGUGGUCUGAUGAACGAUAUGAAUAUGAAAGACUUCCGCGAGAGCGGCUUCCUCCACGUCCUGAUUGUAUGCUGUGUACAUUUGGCAGCAUAAAUGUCCAGGAGUCAGAAUGUUCUUCCCAUUUUCAACAUGCUGGAUAUUGGAUGAGAUUGAACAACGUAUAUAUAGAUGACUACCAUCGAGUAGUCAACUUUCCACCCAAGAAACCACCACUUCCAGAGAGACCUGGGGAAGGAAGCUACAGUAGAUAUGAAUAUAGUCAUGCUCAUGUUGGCUAUAGAGAUUAUGGAGAAGGUCGUGGUUUUGCCCAUGAAAGAAGAAGCGGACCACCACACAGAAUUGAUGAUCCAGGAUAUAGAUGGCAAAGAGAAGACCAUCCUGCUAGUCGUCAGCCUGAUUAUAGGGACAUCAGAGAUGGCAUACGCCGAAAACCCGUCUAUCCUCACUAUGCAAGAGAACGAUCCCCACAUAAGAGGGAUUCUCCUUACUUCAGGGAAUCGCCAGUCAGCAGGAGAGAUUCUCCUCACAGCAGAUCUGGGUCUAGUGUCAGCAGCAGAAGUUAUUCUCCUGACAGAAGCAAAGCCUAUGCCUUCCACCAGUCCCAGCAUAGCAGAAGUAUGUCAUCUUUACAUAAAAGAAAUAUUUCUCAACAAGGUAAAGAGAGAUCCUCAUCUCAGUCUUUGAAAACAUCAAGAGAUGUAUCUCCCUCAGGAACAGCAGCAGUGCCACCUUCCAAGCCCUUGGACAAAGGUAGCCGCUUGUCAGAAAAGGAGCUUGCAGAGGCUGCAAGUAGGUGGGCAGCUGAAAAAGCAGAGAAAACGGAUACAAGCAACGUACCUGAAAUUUCAGAGUAUGAAGCUACAUCCUCAGAACCGUUAUAUGCUGAACACCACGAAGAAACGGGCACCAGUAUAACAGACAAUAAUGAAUUGUUUGAAGACAGUCAGCAUGUUAGUCGCUCAAAAGCAAUCGCUGCAAAGACAAAGGAGAUUGAACAAGUCUACAGACAGGAUUGUGAAACCUUUGGUGCUGUAGUGAAAAUGCUGAUUGAAAAAGACCCUUCCUUAGAAAAACCCAUCCAGUUUUCCUUGAGACAAAACUUGCACGAGAUUGGUGAAAGAUGUAUUGAAGAACUUAAACACUUCAUUGCAGAAUAUGAUACUGCCAGUCAUGAAUUUGAAGAACCCUAAUCCAGUCUGGAUUGUUCAUAUGUAAAUUGCUAACUGUUUAAAGUAAUGACUGCUAGUGAUUUCCCAUCAAAAUCUGGACACUCUGCAGAGGAAUUCUCCAUAACCUUAAUUAAUGCAGAUUUUUAAAAAGUGGUAAGUAAAUUUUUGAAGAAGGUAAAAUGUGUUUGAGGCACUGUUAGGGUCAUUUUUGAAUCUCAGUGUAGAUUUCUAUACAUUCCACAUGACCUUAGAUUGGAAACAUGUAUGUAACAUACAUUUGAACAUGCUUAACAAAGUGGCAUGUUCUAACUACUAAAGCUGACUAUCUAAUUUUAACUGAUAGCUUAGUAAUUUUAUUAAUACUGAUUGGAAGAAUGUAUAUACAGUAGUAAUGGUGGAAGUGUAUUUAUGUAUAUUUACAUAUGUGUUGAGGGUAGCUAUUUGAAGUUCUGUUGUAAUUGAAUAAAGAAUGUUUAGACACUCAUGCUA